GAAGAUAUUUGUUAUAUAGUGGAUAAAAUAAAGGUUAGGAAAAUAUUUGAAGGCUAAGUUGAGUUCGAUGAGAAAGAAAUGGAAAUCCUAAAAUAAUUCGAAGCAUAUCUAAUAUCUAAACGCUUUAUGCCCAAGUGGACUGAGCCUUAAUUGCUGAGGAUGCUUUAUGCUACUAAAUUUAAGUUUGAAAAGACAUACGCAGCCAUACAGGCCUAUAUAUAAUGGAGAAAUCAAGCAUUUCCACUCAAAGAAAAUUAGGAAACAACAAAAUUCUUAUCAAGUGGUUCAAUUUAUCUUCAUGGAAGAGACAAUAGAUUUCGACCAAUAAUAGUGGUCAAUGCAAUUAAAUUGGCAGCAUAAAAAAAUAUCGACAUCACCUUAGAUUCCAUGACAAUAUUUCUCGAACAUGUGUUAUCAAAUUACAUGUUACCUGGAUAGAUAGAAAAUUGGGUUGUUGUAAUGGAUUUAGGAGGUUUGGGAAUUACAAGUUUGCCCAGAUAACAACUCUAAAGAGUAUUAGAUUAUCUUCAAAAUAACUAUCGAUCUAGAAUGCAUAAAUGUUAUGUAAUCAACUGUCCUAGUACAAUCACCUUCUCUUGGAAUAUUGUCAAAGGAUUUUUGGAAGAAAUCACUGUAAGAAAAAUCUCGUUUGAAAAAUCUUCAAUUCCAACCGGACUGUUUGAACAUUGUCAUAAAUCAUAAGUGGAAUAAAAAUAUGGUGGAAUUUCUUUAAAUAUUGAUAAUAAAUUUUGGCCUCCUCAUGAGAUUAGUGAAUAGUACUUUUUACCAACUGAUAAUAUAACUGAUAUACUCAUUUCAAAGCAACAAUAUAAUCAAUUAUAUCAAUUUGGUAAACUGUCAAAGAAUCGACUUUGUAAGGAGCUUCUUGAAGACAUGAGAUAAUCCUUACAAAAUACUAAUACGGAAUAACAUUUAGACAAAAAAAUGAAAGAAGAGGUACCUGAUCCAGAAGAGGAACAAUAAGUUAUUAAUGAUCUCAUUUAAAAUAAUUAAGGUUUUUACAAACCAAGAGUUGAAGAGUCAUUCGAUAUGCCUCUUUGUGAAACUAAAAUAUAAUUACCUUUCAAUUUUAUAGCUCAUAAAAAAAUGCUAAAAUAUUGAAAGGAAAUUAUUAUAUAUAUAUAUUUCUAUAUUUAAUAUAGUAAUA